AUGGGCAGGCUGUAAGUAGCAUUCCUUCCUUUCUCUUCGACUCCUGGGGGGGUGAGUCCUGGGGUCCCCCGCAGAGUCUUGGCUCUCUGGUCUUUAUUCAAUGAACUGUUGCAACAGGACUUCCAACUGCAACAAGGAAGAAGCAGAAAGAAGCCCCUUUUACCCACAACGUCCUACGUGCAUCACAUCUGUGUCACAAACUAGGAGGGUUUUUCCGGCGGAAACCUGAGUCUCAGGUGUACCCCUGUCCCUGCCUUGACCUCCACCUUACACCCAUUGACUAAAUCAAAGGGAAAUAGAGAGAUGUUCCUGUUUCCCAGCCCAGCUGAGUCCCUGCUCUUGUCCUGGCCAAGUCCCCAGUCCAUGGAGGUUGGGUCCACUCUUGUCCUUGAGAUGGCGACCUGUCUGGCCCUCAGAGACCAGGAUGGCAGGGAUUCUCACCCAGGUGGAAGCCUUGCUGUGGACGUGGUCUCCUGCUUCAGGGAUCAGGGCUGCCCCAUGCCAUAUCCCAAGCAUAGCUGUCAACUUUUCCCUUUUCUUGCGAGGAAUCCUAUUCGGAAUAAGGGAAUUUCCCUUAAAAAAGGGGAAACGUUGACAGCUAUGAUCCCAAGUGCCUCCUCUGGGAGCCCUCUUCCUUCGGAGCAGAACAGCAUUGGAAUGGUGUCGAUCCAAGGUUGGAUUGCUUUUAUAGGAAUCUUUGAAGGUUUCCCCGCUGCAAGAGUAGGCAAGUGCUACAACCAGAUACUAGGCAAACUUGAACAAGACACAAAAAACUAUUUCUUCUUCUUCUUCUUCUUCUUCUUCUUCUUCUUCUUCUUCCUCUUCUUCUUUUGUGAUCCCUCGCAGCCGAGGAGGAUUCCAACUGGAGCUCUCACAGGCCAGUGUUUCCCAGCCGUUGGUGUUUACACUACAUCUUUUUAGAUUGGCCUCUUUUGUUGACCACGAGCAUUAUGCUUCCCAUUUUCAAGUUCGGAAUAAAGUAGUUGCUUUGGAAGAUUAAAAUCAGGCAAUUGGGGCUGCAGGCUUCUGAGUCGCUCUCUCUGCUCGGCUCUUCUAGGAUCAGGUGCUUAAGGCAUCUGUUCAGACGCUGCAACAGGGCUGCCCCCAACAAGGCCCAGAGCAUCCCAUGGUGCCAGGUGAGCAAGUGGCCCUCCUUUGGGGGACAGAGGAGGGCAGGAAUGGGCAUGGGGGGCAGCUAGACAAAAGUGUUGGCAUGCAGAGGGCCAUCUCCUUCCAGCAGCCCGUGGCAAAGACCAUCACCUCUGCUCUGACCUAAAUCAGUGACCCGGGCUUACUCAGCCAGGGCACACUAUCAGCAGAUCAAACUGCGCGCACAGAAUAGGCGUGAGGCUUGUGGAAGUAUACUACAACUACAGAUUUAUUAAUCAUAAAUCAGGACAGAAACAUGUCGUCUCAGAGAGAACAGCAAAAGCAAUACACAACGAAAGUUUCCAGCAAGCUGUGCUGGAAUGUAAACAGACAUGUGACACAUAGCACUCCCAUGUCUGUUCCUGGAGGUGGAAUGGAAAUGUCAACAUCAAUAUGCAAAGAGCCAGACGGCUGGAUCCGACCCAAGGUCCAUCUGGGCCAGCGGCUGGAAACACCCCCCCCCAGCGGCCAACCCAUUUUGUAGAGUCUGAUGGAGGAAGCAGGGGGCUGGGGGGCAUGGCUGGGGGGCAGUUGUCAGCUGGAGGGGCACCUUCCCUGGGGAGCCACGUUCUGGGGGAAGGAGGCUGGGAUUGGCCCCCAAGUCCCAUUUAGUAGGACUUGGAACCAGGAGAAAACUCUUGGAAUAGCCUUGCCAGGGUCUCAGGGACGAACUCACUUCUUCCUAUGCCCUUCUCUUUGCAGUUCUGCUGAGGUUCCACAUCCCUGCCCCAGGGGUGAGUACUGUACUGGAGAAAACAAGAGCAGGGAGUGGACCCCUCAGACCUGCCCCCCCUUCCCAUUGCCUGGGCUAUUUUGCCCCAAACUCUCCCCUCUCAGAUGCAGAGAAGCCCCCACCUCACCCCACCCAUCAAGGACUGACAGCCUGAUUUUUGUAUUUAAGCUGCUGGAGGAUGGACAGCGGUACCUCCUGGGGAUCGUGAUGCAAGAGUGCCAGGCAGCUGAGCUCAGCGGUUUCCGAACCCUGAAGUGCUCCAAGCAGGAGACGGCCCAAGCCAUUCUGGUGAGUGAGGAGUGGUGUGAGGGACCCCCAAGGGGAGGGGGGCUUUGGGGAAGGGGUUGUGCAUCCCCGGAGAGGAGGACUCUGUCGGCUUAGGGAUAGGGUGCUAACGGAGAAAUCGGAGGGCUCCCUUGGACAAAAAACAAGGACACCAGCCAGGAAUACCAGAGCAAAACAGCAGCCAGGAGGCUUGGUCUUUAUUGAAGACUGUCGCGACAGGACUCCCACCUGCCACCAGGUGGAACAAGAUGGAAGCCCCAAACAAAAGAGCCCCCAAACUUUUAUUAGCUGCUAAUCCCCCAAACUACACCCCUAGAACUACAUCUUGACUACAUUAUUGACACAUCACAAAAAGGAGGGGUUGAGGGAGGAGUUGUGGUGGUAACCUGAGUGUCCUGUCACCUGGCUGGUUCCCCCUUUCCCCCUCCCCAUGAGUACUUUCCAGGUGACAGAGGGAAUUUGCAGUUUCCUGCCCCCAGAGGGAAGAGCUGAUCAUUGUCCUUUGUUCCAGUCUGUGCUGAAUCCACUCCUAUAUGCAAGUUCUUUGUGACCUUGAUGGUCUUCUGUCUAGGACCAUCAGGGUUGGCAUAGCAACUGGGCAGGGCUCCUGUGGAUGUGCUGGUAUGCUGAAGGGACUAUGGUUGCCCUGUAUCAAACCUUCCCCAUUUUGUAGUCCUUCCUUCAUGGAGUAAAAUAAAAGUGGAACAGUGCAAAUCCGAUGUAUGGUUGAUUUUCUAUGAAUUUAUAACAGAAGCGUCACGUAUGUCGUGUGUGUGUGUGUGUGUGUGUGUGUGGAGUUCGUACAAACUGAAUGAUUGGGGGUGGGGGUUCCUGCGACACCCGGAAAGAGCUGACUUUCCUCCUCUGUUCUCUUCCAGGACAUCUUUGGCCACCUGGAGCGCUUCAGGGAUCGCCCCCUGAGCCUGGCUCUGGACUUGGAGGCCCUCGUCCAGCUGAGGUGAGUGGGGUCCUUGGGAUGGAUGGGGUUUGUAGGGGGUGGGUGGGGGACAGAACUCCAGGGGGAGCUCCAGGUGGGGAAGAGCAGGAGGGAGAAGGGGGCAAGGGAGACUGGGAGGGGGCAGCGUCUAACCCCUUCCCUUCAUGAGGCCAAAGUUUAGUGGAGACAUGCUCAGCGCCAUCCUUCACAGGACCCUGGAGGCUGUUUUUGGGGGCCCACAAAAGGAGGAGGACAGAGAGGUAUGUCCUUGGUCUGGACUUCCCUUCUUCUUCUUCUUCUUCUUCUUCUUCUUCUUCUUCUUCUUCUUCUUCUUCACACACAUGCAGAAUCUAACCCAGCACUCAACUUCUUUUCUCUCUUUUCCCGCAGGAACUGAAGCUCCACUUCCAGCUCCUGCUGGGGAGUCUCCUGAUGGAAGCCCCCAGUCCUGGCACCCUCCUCCAGCUGCUCAGUGUAAGUGUCCCCCCAACUGGCUUGGGGCUCGGGCCCUUGAGCCUGCCCUGCUGCUUUGGCCCCAACUGGCCCCAACUCUUUUUUUUUUUUUUUUUUUUUUAAUAAUUUUUAUUAACUGGCCAAUCACAUCAAAUUAAAUCACAUCACAUAAAUUCCAAAUUAAAAAGCCAAAUUUUUAAAUUUUGUUGUGGGAACCCAUACUUCAAGAUCCAAAGGGGAUUCAAAUCAUCUUCUUAUUACUGCAUUAAUGUCCAAAUCAGUCCUAAUCAGUCCAAACAGAGUUCAUAGUUCUAUCCAAUCUUAUCUUGGUGUUUCCACAUCAUAUCUUGUUCAUAUAAUUUUUCUUUUUCCUUUACGAUCUCUUCUGUUAGUCUCCUUAAGCCGAUAAGCAAAUAUAAUAAUCCUGUGUGAAUUUCCCGUUCUUCCAAUCUAAGUCCAGAUGGUUUCCAUAAAUCAUCUCCUUCGUAGAUAACAUCGCUCUUUCCAUCAUAAAUUAGGCAGUUGUCACUCUUAAAUCCCACCGAGGAGUUGGAACACGAUAUGUAAACAACUCUGUUUCUUCUCCUCCCAGACUCAAGAGCUCCGACAGUGCCUCCCAAAAUGGCGACGGCAUUUUUAACUGCGUCAUUCCGAAACUCUUAAAUUUCCAGCUUCGUCUUGGAACAUUGCUUUGGUUCGAAAAUUUAUCUCCACACAGCCUUAAAUCCACAACUUAAGUCCUUAAAACGACAUUUCUGACUCUUUAGGGAGGGAUUCUUGUUUAAUCACAUAGAGAAAUAAAGAGAGUUUUUCCCCCCUCCCCCCUCAGUCAUUUGCCGUACCGUAUCUUGACGUAUCUUCUCAUAUCUUAUUCUUGUCUUGUUUUAUCAGAGAUCUCUUCUGUCAGCAGUCUUUACUCCCCCUCUUUCCUUGAAGUAUGUGCAAUUUAUCUCGUCCAAAUUGUUUCUUUUGAAGAUUCUUGCAAACUAGUGGCGCGGAUCAGAGACGGCUUCGAGGAGUGCCGGAAUCCCACAGGAGGGCUUUGUGCCUAGUGCCCCCAUCCCCACAAAUUCGGGGGUGGUAUAGGGCACAGCAGGCAAGGGCCGUCCCCACAAUCCUGGAGGGGUGCAGGUGGCUAAUUCCCCCCAUCAUAGCCUCCAAAUUACCUCAUGUGGGUCGGAGAGAUGUUAUUGUCAGCCAUCUUCCGAUGCGCCCCCUAGUGGCCCCCCCCCAACUGGCCCCAACUCUUUCCUCCCGCAGGACCUCCGAGGAUACGCCCUUGACGAAACCGGGGAGGCUCAAACACUAGUGGCCAGCAGCAUUUCUCUGCUUCUGGCCGUGGCGCGGAGAUUCCCCCAACUCAGAGUAAGUACCUCGCCUUCUUCUCUUCAUUUCUCUGGUUGCUUCCAUCCCCGCAAGAGCACAUCCCCCAGCGACCUUUAUCGCAGAUGAUGCGCUGUGUGUCCCUGGGGGCCAGGAUGAGGCCAGAGGAUUUUCCUGCCCCCUUUCCUGCUGCUGCUGCCCGGGGAGGUCCCCUGGGACAAGGGAUUGGGCCCAAGGCAGAGGGAGGCCCGUCCUUCCUGCCUUGGGGCUGCUUCUGUGCUCUCUUGCACCCAUUCAGGGUGGAUUCCGUAGUAUCAUCUGACCUGGAUUUUUCUUUGCAGAUGACAGUAAUUCAGCCAGACCUGGCCUGCUUCCGGCGGAGACCCAAAAAAGGUAAGCCCCACACCUUGGAGACAGAGAACUCUUGCUUGAAGAUCCGUGCCUCCCAGGUUUUCUUGCUGGGAGUCCCGCAGGACCUGCUCCCACCUGACCGGGGAGGGCAGCGCCCGGACUGACUCUCCUUUCCAUUCUCUUCCAUCCAGAUGGCAUCAUCCUUGAAGACAUGUAG